AUGUCAUCAAUUUCAAACGCAUCCAAAAAGGCCAUUUUAGUUGUCGGUGCUACCAGUACCAUUGGUUCCGGUGUCGCCAAGAGCUUGAGCAAACUUGGAGCCAGCACUACUGUCCUUGUGCGAAGUGAAGAAAAGGGUAAGAGUUUCAAGGAGGAAGGUAUUAAUGUCGCUGUUGGUGACUUAGCCAAACCAGAAACUUUGGGUAAGGCUUUCAAGGGCAUUGACACCGCUUUCAUCUUGACUCCUCCUAGCGAGUUGGCUCCAGGUCUUUUCUCUAACGCUCUAUGGGCUGCAAAGCAGGCCGGCGUAAAGCAUAUUGUCAGAAUUUCAGCUGUUAAGGCUGCUCACGAUGCUCCAACCAUCAACAGUAGAUCCCAUGCUCUAUCUGACAGUGAACUUAUUACUUCUGGUAUCAAGUACACCAUCAUCAAGCCACAUUUCUUCAUGCAGAACUUGUUGAUGGCAACUGAAUCCGUCAAGAGCGAAGGUAAAAUCUACUUGCCUUUCGGUGAAGGUGCUUUGGGUAUGAUUGAUAGCCGUGACAUCGUCGACUUUUCGGUCAAGACUAUUACUGAUGCAGGUCACGAUAACAAAGUAUACACCAUUACCGGUCCUGAAUCCAUCAACCUAAAGCAAGUCGCUGCUUCAUUGAGUAAGGUAAUCAACAAGCCUGUCGAAUAUGUCGCUGUCGCACUUGACACUGCAAUUGAACAAAUGAAGCAAUCUGGCGUGGAUCAAUAUACGUUAAACCUCUUGCACGAUUAUUUCGAACAAUACAGCCAAAACUGGGGUAAUUUUGUUACCAGUGAUUCUGGAGACUGCGUUUCAGUAGAUUUUUUCAACUUUAGAAAAGGAAAAGAAGGUUUCAGAUGGAAAAGUGAAAGGGAGGAGGAAGGAAGAAGAGGGAGGAAGAAGAGGGAGAGAGAGGGAGGAAGGAGAGGGAGAGAGAGGGAUAGACGAGCAAUUGAUAUAAACAGUAGAGUAGCAGUAUACAUUGAAUAG